AUGGACGACCUUCCAACCGGUGCUGACGACGAUGUCAUAAUGUCACUAGCGGGAUCCCCGAGUGAUGCCCUAUUUGGACUGGACAAUGCCGACUUUGAUCCCUCCCACGAGACCGAUCUUCGUGCCGAUGAGAACGAGGCUGAGAGAAAGGUUGCGGACGAGGACGAGGUUAUGCUUGACGACAGCUUGGCAGACGAAGAUACGGAAUUUGUGCCGGCAGAUGGCGUCUCGAUUCAAUUAGAGAGUUACAACGCCGCUGCCGAGCCCGCAACUGAGGAGAUCGCAAAAACACCGCCCAGAACCGACCUCGGCGUGGAUGAACACAUUCCUUCCAUUGAGGCUGAUGAUACACACGAAAACGAGACGGCAAUCACGAGCGAACGAGUAGAUGGCUUUGAAAGUAUCAAGCCAGAAGAUGGCAUAGAGGAGGCGGUAUCGAAAUUGCGCCCGUGGAACUUCGAGAUAAUCCUACCGCGCAUAUCACCGGAGGAACGCGCCCAGUACCUCUCAAUAAAGAGCGACGUUGUGGAUGAAGUUAUUGAAGAGGUACCUGGUGUCGAAGGCGAAUUGUGGUACAGAGUGGAGUUCACAGACGGACGACAAGACACCGGCAUCAUGGCUCCAGACACCAGCCACUGGCAAGACGAGUGGGAGGAUUCAAUUGCAGAAUCUGAUGCCAAUCUCGAUACUAUUGAGCUUGACGAAGAUGAAGUUCCCCGUCAAUCUAAACGUCUACGAAUCUCGACACAUCGCCGCACGCGCGAAGACUCCGAUUCCGACGAGGACGUUCGUUCCCGCCGUUCCAAACGCCAGCGUACGUCUACAAGACCGAGCACGAGACACAACUCGAAAGUGAUCUCAGACGAUGGGGUCACGGACGAGGUUCCCGCGCGAGGUCGACAACUCAGAGAGCGGACUCAGAAACAGCUCAAAUUGACAAGCAUGGCCUUUGCCAGCAUGCCCUUAAGUCGGGACAAUGAUUUGGACGAGUUGUCUCAGGACCACCCUCGCCAACAAUCCGACGACGACGAUGACUUUCAGAUCAUCACAUCCGAUCUCUUGCCAAAGUCCUCCUCGGCCAGGCGCAAGAAGUCACGCCGCCUUAGGGUCAAGGCCAAAGCCAUCGAGCAACCCAGAUCUCGUGGUUCCUCAAUUGAGUUUGAGGAUCGUCGCCGGUCUGGCAGAUCCACGAGGAACAAGGGCAGCAUGCUUGAUCUUGCAUUGAUGGAUGAGGAAUCAUUCUACGUUGAAGAUACAGCACCCGCCAGCGUUCCCAAGGUCAUGAACAUCAAGGAAGUCUUCAAGCCAAUUGACCAUGACGCACCCUUCAAUCAAUAUCACUCCGAUAUCUGCAUCACGUGCAACACUGGUCCUGCCGCCAACAAAGGUCCCCUGAUUGGCUGUCAAGGCUGCUCCGUAUCUUUUCACAAAAGUUGUAUCGGCUACAGAUCUGCCAGAGAACAUAUUGUCACCAAGGUCGGCGUGGACGAUUUUGUUCUACAGUGUAAGUUCUGUAUUGGCAUCUAUGCCAAGAAGGACAGGAACAGCCCAAGACAUAGCCGGUGUCAAGAAUGCAAACGUUCCGGGCGGUCAUGUGCGGCGUUUUCGCCCAAGAAAACCCCUAGACAAGAGGAGAAAAUUCGUCUUGACAAUGGUGGUGAAGACCCUGUCACGGCAGUGGCUCCAUCAUUGGUCAACAACGCCGAAAACCUCUUAUUCCGCUGUAUCAUGUGCAAGCGUGGAUGGCAUUUUGAGCAUUUGCCAUCGUCACAAACGGAUUCAGACGUGUCUGACAUUCGCCAGCAGCGACUUGCUGAAUACUCUGUCGACUGGAAGUGUGUCGACUGCGGCACGGUAUCCGACAAGAUACAGACCUUAGUUGCCUGGCGGCCCCUGGGUAAAGCCUCACUCGAAGAGGGGAAGACCUAUAGCGAUUUGAAUGAGGAUGAGAAAGAGUAUCUCAUCAAGUGGCAGGACAAGUCGUACUUCCAUUGCAGCUGGAUGCCUGGUGCAUGGCUCUUUCACAUUGCCGCGGGUGUGAUGCGCAACUCCUUUGCGAAGAAGGAUGCGGAUCAGAACUUGGCCCUGAAAUUUACCGAAGCCGAGGCAAUCCCCCAAGAUGCCCUCAUGGCCGAUGUCAUCUUCGAGGCCAAGGUGAAAGGAGAAAAAGCAAGGACGCUGGAAGAUGAGAUGGAGCGUAUUGAGAGCGUCGAUAAGAUCUUCGUGAAAUUCCAAGGUCUUGGCUACGACGAAACGGUAUGGGAUUCGCCGCCAAAGUCAGAUGCCGGCGAGGUUUACACAGCAUUCAAAGCCGCAUACUACGAAUACCUCACUGGCAAGUACUUCACCAGCUCCACGAAUGCCAAAAUGAAAGAGCGCGUCAACAAGUGGAAGGACAAGGAAUUUGUCAAGUUGGCCCAGCAGCCCCCUGGUCUGCGCCGCGGCAAGCUUAUGGAAUACCAAAUUGAGGGCGUCAACUGGAUGCUAUGGAACUAUCACAGCGAAAAGAACGCCAUUCUUGCCGAUGAGAUGGGACUGGGCAAAACGGUACAGGUCGUCGGCUUGAUAUCGACCCUGGUCCACGGCGACCCAAAGUGUUGGCCUUUCCUUGUUGUCGUUCCGAACUCAACCUGCCCAAAUUGGCGUCGCGAAAUCAAACAAUGGGCUCCAGACCUCCGAGUAGUCACUUACCAUGGUGGCAAGCAAGCGCAAGAGUUGGCGUACAAAUACGAGCUCUUUCCGCGCGGCUCCCAAGAGAUCAAGGCCCACGUUGUUGUCAUGUCAUAUGACUCUGCGCAAGACGAUCGCACGAAACAUCUCUUCCGUUCAGUUCAAUGGGCUGGCCUGGUAGUUGACGAGGGACAGCGAUUAAAGAAUGACAAGAGUCUCUUGUACACGGCUCUGCGUUCCAUGCGGUUCCCCUUCCGACUCCUUCUCACGGGCACGCCGCUGCAGAAUAACAAGCGGGAGCUUUUCAACUUGCUUCAAUUCAUCGACCCAACCCAGAAUGCUGCGAAACUCGACGAAGAAUUCCAGGAGCUCAAUGCGCAGAACCUCCCUGAACUGCACGGUCGGAUCAAACAAUACUUUCUGCGGAGGACCAAAGCUCAGGUUCUCAAGUUCUUGCCUCCCAUGGCUCAAAUCAUCGUUCCCGUCUCUAUGUCGAUCCUACAAGAGAAGCUCUGCAAGUCAAUCAUCGCCAAGAGUCCCGAUCUGAUCAAGGCAAUCUUCGCAGACGACAAGGUCAACAAGAAAGACCGUGGCAGUCUGAACAAUAUUCUCAUGCAGCUACGGAAAUGUCUCUGUCAUCCGUUCAUGUACAGCGAAGCAGUCGAAGAGCGAACAGUUGACCAAGUCCAGCUACACGAGAAUCUAGUGUCGGCGUCAGGGAAGCUGAUGCUUCUCAACAUCAUGUUGCCGAAGCUGAAAGAAAGAGGACACAGGGUUCUCAUCUUCAGCCAGUUCUUGAACCAAUUGGACAUCAUUGAAGAUUUCCUGAACGGUCUCGGCUUCCAAUACCGACGACUUGACGGCAGUCUCAGCAGUCGGGAAAAGCAGAAAUAUAUCGAUGACUACAACGAACCUAACUCUCCAGUCUUUGCAUUCCUUCUCUCCACAAGAGCUGGAGGCGUGGGUAUCAAUCUCGCAACUGCUGACACUGUCAUCAUCUUGGAUCCUGAUUUCAACCCCCAUCAAGACAUCCAGGCUAUUUCGCGUGCUCAUCGCAUUGGUCAGAAGCAUAAGGUGUUGUGCUUUCAACUCAUGACCAAGAAUUCAGCAGAGGAAAAGAUCAUGCAAAUUGGCCGCAAGAAGAUGGCUCUCGACCAUGUUCUGAUCGAAGCAAUGGACGAUGUGGGAGAGUCUGAAGACCUAGAGUCGAUCUUGAAAUUCGGUGCCUCAGCAUUGUUCAGCGAUGAUCAGAGCGAAAAGGACAUCGUCCGGUACGAUGAUGCUAGCGUUGACAAGCUCCUUGACCGGUCGACUAUUGAGCAGACAAAGACUGGCGACGACGAUUCCGCUGAGUCGCAAUUCUCCUUCGCCCGUGUAUGGGCCAAUGACAAGGACGGAUUCGAAGACCAUCUUGCUGAAGAAAACGAGCCCACAGUCAAUCCUAACGUAUGGGAGGAGAUCUUGGCAGAGCGAGAAGCAGAAGCCAAACGCGUGGCCGAGCUAAACAAGGAAGUUCUUGGUCGAGGUGGUCGACGCCGCCAGGCAAUCAGCUACAAGAAUAACGGCGGUACCGGCGUGGUCACUGACCUCCCCAUCAACAGCGACAGCUCCGAUAAUGACGGAGAUUUUGUCGGUGGAGAUGAGGAGGAGGAUCCUGAUACUGACAUGGAAAAUAGGGAUGACAGUUCCAAAGGCCAAGGCGCCCUCCACAAGUGGAAAAUCAAUCCGGACUGGCCUGGAUCAGGUCCAAACCCCAUCCACGGAGCAAUCCAACGAAACGGACGACCCAAUCACGUCUACCCCGUCUACCCACCUCCUCAGCCCAACCUUAACCCCAUCUAUCACCAGCCCGGAGCCGAGCUCUACCCACAACCCCCUCCCGCACCAGGAAGCCGUCCCGGUCGACCGAUGAAGCCUGACAUGGCCUGGCUUGACCACUUGACAGCAGCCCGAACGGUUACUGGCGGUGAGUUGCCUCCAACUCAGCAGGCUGCUCAUGGGUUCUACCAGCAACAACAGUCUGCUCCUGUCAUACGUCAAGCAGCGUCUGGCAACCCUAUUGUGCCAUCUGCGUCAGGCAAGGCACGUAGACCGUCGUUCGGCUGUGCCUCCGUAACGAACCUCAUGGGAUUUGCUCUUAUGGAAUCGAGCCUUGCCUAUUCUGCUUCCGAAAAAUCAUACUCGCCACAGGGCUCCCGAGGCUUUACUCGCAAUACGACGCCUGAAUCCGAGGCUUCAUCGGAACUGAACGGUAUUCUUAACGCGCAAAUUAGCGACAGAAAGAUGAAAAGCUCCCGAGUCGUCUUCUUCGAUUCCCAAAACCAGCCUCAACCGUUUUAUCCUCCCGAAUACCCUCAGUCUGGGUCUGUGCAGACACCGAUGAGACACGGCCUCGCAAACGCUCCCCGCAGUGUCGAUGCCCCGAACUGGCGCAUGGGUAUGGGCAUAGGUAUGGGAGGCGGUCCAGGCCACAGGCACUACAGCUCGUUCAGCUCGUCGGCCAGCGGCACCGAGUACAUGAUCAUGGGAUCACAAGUGCAAGAUUGUCAGGCUUCAAGCAUGGGAAGAAACACGAACAUCGACACUUCGGGCUUCCACGGCUACUGUCUGGAUCGUGGAAACGGCAACUAUACCAGGUUGAUUCCUGCCGACUCGCUUCCACCUUUAAUCGGUAUACCAGCCGUUCAGAAUGGCGCUGAAGGUCUGCUUGUUCUCCCACAGCCUCGAGGCGUGGACCCUCAGAAUUUGGCUAGCAGCCCUGUCCAGCCUGUUGCUUUCAGAUCACCUCCGUCUUCACCGGCACCGGUAUCUGAUGCCCUUCAGCGUAGAAUCGACCAGAUCAUUGCCACCUCCCCCAACUCGCCAAAGAAGCCCAAGAUCUACUGUGACAAGGCUCUUGCUAGCUCGACGAGAGCGACGCCGUCGUGGCGGAGAGGCGAGGGUGGCAUGAACCAGGGACGGAUGAGCGCAGGAUCACUGGCGAGACCCGUUGCAGGACACAGAAACUCGCCUGGUAAGUCUUCCAUUGCCAUUCCUUCUACGGAGUUAAAGCUCAUAUCAACAACAGACUCGAGACCUACGUACCAGCAGAAUAUGGAUUCGCCUACCUCAUCUUGUGUCUGGGGCCCGAUCGGUCCGCCUUCGAAGCAGACGCCCGACCCAAAUCCGCAUUCCCACCAGAAUAUGAGUGCCUUCGCCACUUCCAACAACUUCGCUCUGCUGAGCUCUCUUGACGCGAACAUGGGUGAGAUGGACGAUGGCCGCAGAUAUGAGUCCUACUAA